GUCCCAUAAGCAGCAUUUUGGUGAAUAAGUAUGGUAGCCGGCCUGUGAUGAUAGCAGGAGGUAUCCUGUGUUCAUUUGGUAUGAUUGCUUCCUCUUUCUGCAAUAGUGUCUUGGAACUUUAUCUAUGUAUUGGUGUUGUUGGAGGUCUGGGUUUAGCAUUCAACUUACAGCCUGCCCUGACCAUGAUUGGCAAGUAUUUCUAUAAGAAGCGUCCCAUUGCUAAUGGACUGGCCAUGGCUGGAAGUCCAGUGUUUCUGAGCACAUUGGCACCUCUCAAUCAAUUCCUCUUUAAUGCAUUUGGCUGGAAAGGAAGCUUUCUCAUUCUGGGAGGACUUCUUUUGAACUGCUGUGUGGCUGGGUCACUUAUGAGACCUGUUGGACCAAAACCCGUCCCUCCUGCGAAAAAAGAUGUUGAAAAAGGCACAGGAGAUUCUACCUUGCACAAAAACAACAAGAAGUCUUUUUGGCAAACUAUGAAUAAGUAUCUAGAUCUGUCCCUCUUCAAACACAGAGGGUUUCUGAUCUAUUUGUCAGGAAACGUCAUUAUGUUUAUCGGUUUCUUCGCUCCAAUAGUAUUCUUGGCUCCUUAUGCCAAGCACAAGGGAAUUGAUGAAUAUUCUGCUGCUUUUUUGCUAUCUAUCUUAGCCUUUGUAGACAUGUUUGCUAGGCCUUCAAUGGGACUCGUAGCAAACUCCAAGUUUAUCCGGCCAAAGAUUCAGUACUUUUUUAGUUUUGCUGUCUUGUACAAUGGCAUCUGUCAUAUCUUGUGCCCUCUGGCAACAAAUUACACUGGCUUGGUGAUAUAUGCUGUAUUUUUUGGUUUUGCAUUUGGAAUGGUUAGCAGCGUUCUUUUUGAGACAUUGAUGGACCUUGUUGGGGCUGCCAGAUUUUCCAGUGCAGUUGGACUUGUCACCAUUGUGGAGUGUUGCCCUGUGCUCAUAGGGCCUCCUCUAGGAGGUUGGUUAGUGGAUGUUACUGGUGAAUAUCAGUACAUGUAUUUUGUCUGCGGAGUGAUUGUGAUUGUGGCCAGUAUCUGGUUGUUCAUUGGCAAUGCCAUUAACUACAGGCUUUUGGCAAAAGAAAAGAAGUUAGAAGAUGAGAAGCAGAAAGCACAGAAGAAUGCUGACUCAAAGGAAGCAGAACCAUUAACAAACAAUGAGAAUGAAGAUGCUGCCAGCAGAGCUGAUAAAGCUCUUGAGGAUCCUUCAGAAAGAGAAACCAAUAUUUAAUCUGCAAUAUAGCUCAGAAGGCAACAUUUAUGACUUCCAUUAGAGAUAUGUCUUCAAGACACAGGCCAGGUUUUGUGGUAACAAUGAUCAGUCACAAUAUUGGAUGGGAACUGAUUUUUGCCCUGUGGCAAGACUCUAAGUUAAAUUACUAUCUACAGUUUAUUUAUUUCAGUGAUACAAAAUUGAGAUUACAAAGAUAGUGACUCCAUGCAAAUGAGUCCAUCAAACUAUGACUCUGGACAAUCAAGAGUCGGAUAAACCAGACUAUAAAUAAAGCCUUCCAAUGACAAAACAGUUUUGUUUUAAAAGUAUCUCUAAUGCAAAAGUAUCUCUUACUCUUAUUUGGGAAGAUACUUU